GGCCCGCGGCUGCAGCGGGAGGCUCGGUGCACCCUCGGAGUUCGCUGGUCCCUGCCGUGCGCUCGCCUGCUCAGGAUGGCCGGCUACCUGCGGGUCGUGCGCUCGCUCUGCAGAGCCCCGGGCUCCGGGCCGGCCUGGGCGCCGGCAGCCUUGACGGCCCCCGUCUUGCCAGAGCAGCCGCGGCGCCACUAUGCUGACAAGAGGAUCAAGGUCUCAAAGCCGGUGGUGGAGAUGGACGGUGAUGAGAUGACGCGGAUCAUCUGGCAGUUCAUCAAGGAGAAGCUUAUCCUGCCCCACGUGGAUGUUCAGCUCAAGUAUUUUGACCUUGGGCUCCCACACCGUGACCAGACGGAUGACCAGGUCACCAUCGACUCAGCCUUGGCCACCCAGAAGUACAGUGUGGCUGUCAAAUGUGCCACCAUUACGCCUGAUGAGGCCCGUGUGGAAGAGUUCAAACUGAAGAAGAUGUGGAAGAGUCCCAAUGGAACUAUCCGGAACAUCCUCGGGGGUACAGUCUUUCGUGAGCCCAUCAUUUGCAAAAACAUCCCCCGCCUUGUCCCGGGCUGGACCAAGCCCAUCACCAUCGGCAGACAUGCCCACGGCGAUCAGUACAAGGCCACAGACUUUGUGGUGGACCGGGCGGGCACAUUCAAGAUGGUCUUCACCCCAAAGGAUGGCAGCGGUGCCAAGGAGUGGGAGGUGUAUAACUUCCCUGCUGGUGGUGUGGGCAUGGGCAUGUACAACACUGAUGAGUCCAUCUCAGGCUUCGCGCACAGCUGCUUCCAGUACGCCAUCCAGAAGAAGUGGCCGCUGUACAUGAGUACCAAGAACACCAUCCUAAAGGCCUACGAUGGCCGCUUCAAGGACAUCUUCCAGGAGAUCUUUGACAAACAUUAUAAGACCGACUUUGACAAGCACAAGAUCUGGUAUGAGCACCGGCUCAUUGACGACAUGGUGGCUCAGGUGCUCAAGUCUUCGGGUGGCUUCGUGUGGGCCUGCAAGAACUACGAUGGUGACGUGCAGUCCGACAUCCUGGCCCAAGGCUUUGGGUCGCUUGGCCUGAUGACGUCUGUGCUAGUUUGCCCGGAUGGGAAGACCAUCGAGGCUGAGGCUGCCCAUGGCACGGUCACCCGCCACUACCGGGAGCACCAGAAGGGCCGGCCCACCAGUACCAACCCCAUUGCCAGCAUCUUUGCCUGGACGCGGGGUCUGGAACACCGGGGCAAACUGGACAGCAACCAGGACCUCAUCAGGUUUGCCCAGACCCUGGAGAAGGUGUGCGUAGAGACAGUGGAGAGUGGCGCCAUGACCAAGGACCUGGCGGGUUGCAUCCAUGGCCUCAGCAAUGUGAAGCUUAACGAGCACUUCUUGAACACCACAGACUUCCUGGACACCAUUAAGAGCAACCUGGACAGAGCCCUGGGCAAGCAGUAGGGGUGGGCUGGCCAGCAAGCUGUGCUCGGUGCCUGGGGUGCCCUGGGGUCAGAAAGGGUGGCGGGUCGGAGGCCCACUCCGGGGUCCCUCUGUAGACCUGUCAGGGGGACGUCUCUAUCUAGGGGAGUGCCUGUAUGUUUCCCUUCCUGGGCCAGGAGCAGCAGCAGUGUGUUACCUCAGCCAGCCAGUGUGUUUGGCACACUGUAAUUUAUACCGCCUUGGGGACGCCUGGUGCCGUAUUUAGCUACUAAAACAUUCUUCACAAA